CCACCACCCAUCCGCCCCACCCACAAUAAAUUCCCAUUGCCCAGUGCCCACGCGACGCAUAACUCAUCACUCCAAUUAAUUAAUCGUCUGCCGCCUGCCUCCUACCAAAGCUGAAUUUCCUUUUCCAUCGAUAUAUCGGCGGAUAUGGAUAAUAAUAAUGAUGAAUCGGCGUCAACGCCAACCAUUGGGUUUCCUCUAGCCACGGCGCUGCUGCUGCUGGUUCUGUUCGGCACCAGCGGCCUCAUCUCCUGUUGCUACCACUGGCACCGCCUCCGCUCCCUCCUCCCCCUCCUCCUCCUCUCCCAUUCUCCUCAUCCCAACUCCCCUGCGCCCCAACCACCGCCCAUCCCCCUCGCUGUUCUUCCCACAACCAUGCACCACCUGAAGCAGGGGGGCGGAGAUGAUGAUGAGAAUGAAUAUUUAGGAGAGCAGCAGCAGAGGUUGAUGGUGGUGAUGCCAGGGGAACGAGCACCCAGGUUCAUAGGGAUUCCAUGUCCUCACCCCCCGAAACCAUGAUGACCACCCUUACCCUCUCCCAAAUUAACUCCCCCUCUGCUUUUCCUCGGCCCUAUUAGCUAUUUUAGUUAAUUAAUUAAUUAGCAUGUCCAUUGAUUAAUGUUAAUUAAAUUUUGUGUAGUACUUGUGUACAUAUACCCACGCACAAAUAUAUGUAUAAAUAUUCGUAUGGAAAUUAAUUGAAUUUUUGGGCUUCUUAUUAA